AUGUCGAACGACGGAUCACCCUCUUCCUCCAACAUCACCUUCGGGCAGAGGUCCCGAGAUACUUCACCAUCCGGUAGAGCUUCCCGUCAUGCGGGUCUUAAACGAAGGAAAGAUGGAUGUUUGACAUGCAGAAAGCGUCGUGUUGGUUGUGGUCGCGAGAGACCAAACUGUGAACAUUGCGUCAGAUUAUGUUUGAAAUGUCAAUGGCCAGAGGAGAUAGAUGUGGAAGAUCCUAGACGUAGAAGGUUACGUGCUCCCAUUCGACAGAACCCUUCUCUACCUUCAGACACUAUCCAACAAGUUUUGUCUCAUGAUACUGAACCCGUCCAUUCAACAUCUCAGUUCUGGCAAUUUGAUCCACAACCAGAUCCUUCACCUCAACGUGAUCCCACUCCUACUCAAGAAACAAUUCUUUCUCAAAAUGGGUUCACUCAGAACACAUCUUCUUGGCAAUUGGGGUCGACCACUUCUGACCUGGUCACAAUGUCCAAUCCAUCGGACGGAUUUGAUUUCUAUAGUGGAAUAUUCGGUCCGGAGUUGUCAUUUGACGUAGGCUUCGACCCUUUUGGUCCAUCAUUAAACGAACCUUUCUCUGUAUCUUUAGCACCUGUAUUUACGACCUCACCCACCACUCGAACCAGUACGAAUGUACCUACACCUCCUACAAGACCAAGUCGAGCACCGGUGGCAUUGGCUUCGGAGGAUCAGCCUUUGAUAUCUCAUUAUUUAGAGCGAGUGUCUCAAUGGGCAAAACUACGAGAUGCCACCAUACCAAAUCACUUUCUUGGAUUAUUCGCCGCUGGUCUAUUUUACGAACCUCUAUACGCUGGAAUACUAGCAUGGUCAGCUUGGCAUUUGGGAAACACUCUUCCCGAAACAUCAGAACGACGACGACAUUUAUUCAGAUACGCGGAAGAAAAACAUCACGCAUGUGGUCUUGCCCUUUUACCAUGUCUUUCCGAGGGAAAUGACGCCGAUGUAGACGUUCAUCUAGCGGCUAUUUUGAUAUAUUGUCAAUACGAUAUCGCAACAGCUACCAAUCAUGAAGGUUUACAUCACAUGUUACAACUAGCAACAAACUUGAUCGAUUCUCCUAUUCGUGUCGCUCAAUUCUCUCCUUUGACACAACGAAUAGCCGUCAUAUUGACUUCCUUCGACGUUCGAGCGUCCAUGUUCGGUAUGGGUAAUGCAGAUUAUACCAUGGCUUUAUCAGGACCAUUCUUCGAAUUAUCCGAUGAUCGUGAAUAUCCAGGAUGGCCAGCUGCUUCACUCGAACCUCUUCAUAUCAAUUAUCUCACAGCAAGAUGUCUACGACUUGAUAGAUCAUUACGACAUAGUAGACGGACGGGUGAUACCGAAGGUGUUCGACAAUGUAUGAGAGAAGGUGAUGCUUUAUAUGAACGUUUAUCAAACCUACAAAAUCUAUUCGAUCCUCCUUUACUUGACAACCUUUCUGAACCUGAUAAACCAGAAAGACAUGAAGAUUCGAAAUUGGUGACCAAAUCAUUCGUAGCUGGAUUAUUCAAUUCACUCGUCAUCUAUCUAUGUAGGAUACUCAACAUGCCACCUCCUGAUCGUGCUUGGUCUCGUAUCCUCACCAGUGCGGAUAAAGUUUCACGUAUUUUUCCAGAUGUCGCUCAGUCCGUUUUCCCCCGACCGCUGUUCUUCGCCGCUUUGGAAACGAAGAAUAAAGGGCAGUUUAAGUGGGUGAUUGAACGAUUAGAAGAAUCGGCAAAGGCCGGUUGGGGAAACAAUAUCGUCAAAACCCGGGAUUUGUUGGUGGAGAUAAGGAAGUUGGAAGAAGGAGGGAAUAAGCAGGAUCUAGGAGCUUAUCUCAUUCGCAAUGAUUCGUAUUUCAUCAUGACCUUUGUACCUUCACCAAAUCCCAAACGACUCAAUCCGAGAGCUGCGAAACAUCAACCUUUCGUUCUACGUAAUGCGACCGUUAUCGAUGGGAAUGGUAACCUCAUUGGUCAACGUGAUAUUGAGGUCAAAUUAGGAACAAUCACCAAGAUCGCUGAUGUGGGUACCAUCAAUGGAAAACGAGUCAAAGAUUUAGGGGGAAGAUAUUUAACACCUGGUAUCAUUGGAACAAGAUCUUUACCUCAAUUUCAUGCGAGUGAAGAUACUAGUGAAUUAUCUUCUCCUGUUACACCUCAUAUGAGAGCUAUAGAUGGGUUUGAUCCUUCUGAUGAGGCUUUGGAACGUGUGCGAUCAGGAGGCGUGACAUCAACCUUGAUCCUCACCGGAGCACAAAAUCUCAUUUCUGGUCAAGGCUAUUCACUCAAACUUCGAGAAAUGCCCGAUUUAUCCGUCGAAGGAAUGUUAGUCCAAUCUCACGAUCCUGCGAGUAUAAAAAGACAACGGUAUCUCAAGAUGGCAUGUGGGGAAAAUCCUAAAUCGAAAGGUUCACCAAGCACUCGAUUAGGAGAAGGUGCUUUGUUCAGGGAGUUCUGGUCAAAAGCGAGGAACUUGAAGGAUGAACAAGACGAAUGGUGUCAAUCUCCUAAUCCUCUUACUAGAUAUCCAUCUGAUCUCGAACUUCAACCUUUGGUCGAUACUCUUCGAGGGGAUGUGAGAGUGAACGUACAUUGUUAUAAAACUGAGGAUAUCGAAAUGAUUUUACGUACCGCCGAGGAAAACCAAUUCAAUAUUACGGCUUUACACCAUGCCACAGAGACAUGGAGAAUGGUAGAUCGUCUUCGUCCUCAUUUACCUUUAACCUUGGCAUUGUUCGCCACGGAAUAUGGUUUCAAACCUGAAACCAUGAGAGCGUCAGUAAACAACGCAGCGAUCAUGCACGAAGCAGGUUUUCAAGUGGCCCUCGUAUCCGAUCAUCCCGCUCUGAACGGUCAAUAUCCCAUCCGCGAAGCUCAAGUAACGCACAAUUUCGGUCUACCCACCGAAGCCUCUCUCGCUGCUCUUUUCUCAGUUCCCGCUCUUGCACUUGGAUUAGACGACCGUUUGGGUUAUAUCAGAGAAGGUUACGAUGCGGAUUUGGUGGUUUGGAAUGAUCAUCCUUUACAAUUAGGAGCGUCUCCAUUACAAGUUUGGAUAGACGGUUCUGAACAGAUUAUUGGUGGAGCUAGCGAUCAAGAAUCUCUCACUUGGAAUUCAUCUCUGGUCCAUCAUGCUCCGAAACAAAGAGGUAUAGUUCAAACACCUCCACCACUGAACUCUACUUUUGGAAAAGGGAAUGUGAUAUUUCGAUCAAUUCGAACGCAUCUCCAUCCAUCCGGCUUGAAAUCGAACUCUGCGACUGGCGAUGUGGUAAUUUUGAAUGGAAGAAUCGAGUGUGUUGGUCAAUGUGAUGAUUUCAUUCUUCAAGCUAUGAGAAGAGGUGCGGUGGAAAUGAAAUUGGAAAAUGGUUAUCUAGUCCCUGGACUCACAGCCUUGACCCCAAUGCAUGGUUUAACAGACAUUUUGAUGGAAUCUUCCACUUCGGAUGGUCUCACAGAUCCUACAAACUUUCAUCCUGUUCAUGCUAAAUAUGGUUUAUCAAAAGCCAGUAUUCAUGUUUCUCGAGCGGCACUGGUAGGAGUGACAACUAUCAUUACUCCUCCUCGUGCUAUUGGACCUACUUUACAAAUACGUAUAGCUGGUGGAGGUUUCAUCAAAGGUGUCAGUAUGGCUUUUCAUUCUUCUAUCAAUAAUGGGGAAGGUGAAGAAAAUUCAUUUAUCAAAGAAGAUGUCGCGUUACAUGUCACACUUGGUGAUACUGCGAAGAAUGCUCGUGUACCGACUAUAUCAAGUCAAUUGCAAACACUCCGUGAUCUACUCUUAGAACCUGAGGAUGAGACAUGGGAAUUUGUGGCAAGUGGUCAAAUGCCGUUGGCUGUUCAUGUGGAAAGUGCCGACAUCAUGACUAAACUACCUUGGUUGCAAAGAGACCUUCCAAACCUCCGUAUCAUUGUCAUAGGCGGUUCUGAAGCUCAUCUCGUCGCUUCCACACUUGCUAGAGCACGUAUACCUGUCAUACUAGCUCCAUGGAGAUGUAUGCCCUUAACAUGGGAACAAAAAAGAUGUCAUCCGGCUAUUCCAUUGACGGAUACAACACCGGUUCAGAUACUCAUGGAAGCUGGUGUGAAGGUGGCUUUGGCUGCUGGAGAUGAUAGGAUGGUACGUGAUUUAUGGUGGGAAGCAGGUUGGGCUAGUCAAGCUCCUUCGAGGGCGUUAGGAAUGGAUAAAGAUAUCUUAGCUAUGGAACUUAUUUCCAGUGGUGUGGAUGAGAUCUUUGGAGUGGAAACGGAUUCGAAUUUGGCUUUUUCCGUUUGGGAGGGGAAUCCGUUUAAAUAUGGAGCCAUUCCGGUGGUCAUGUUUCAACGUGGAAGGGUGGAGAGUUGGUGGCCUAGCUUUGAAUAA